GAGGGAGGAGGAAGGACACGCGCGGGUUGCGUCCUGGCCGCGCCAUGCCUGCGCUGCUGCGGCCGUGACGCGCGCUUGGAGCAUGAAGACGACGCGCAAGUGUCGCGCCCUGCUGUCCGUGGGCCUGAACCUGGUGGCGCUCUUCUUCUCCACCACCGCCUUCAUCACCACCUACUGGUGCGAGGGCACGCAGCGCGUCCCCAAGCCCAACUGCAGCCCGCAGCGGCGCCACAACUGCAUCGACUACGGCGUCAACGAGACGGACCAGAGCAAGGUGCACUACAGCUGGGAGACCGGCGACGACCGCUUCCUCUUCCGCCGCUUCCACACCGGCAUCUGGUACUCGUGCGAGGAGAACAUCCAUGAGGCAGGUGAGAAGUGUCGCAGCUUCAUUGACCUGGCCCCCGCGUCAGAGAGAGGCGUGUUGUGGUUGUCGGUGGUGUCCGAGGUUCUUUACAUCCUGCUGCUUGUGGUGGGCUUCAGUCUGAUGUGUUUGGAGCUUUUCCACUCCAGCAACGUCAUCGACGGACUCAAGCUCAACGCCUUCGCCGCCGUUUUCACCGUGCUGUCCGGUCUUCUAGGUAUGGUGGCCCACAUGAUGUACACACAAGUGUUUCAGAUCACAGUCAGUCUGGGUCCUGAAGACUGGAGGCCUCACAGCUGGGACUAUGGUUGGUCGUUCUGCAUGGCAUGGGGUUCCUUCACGUGCUGCAUGGCCGCCUCCGUCACCACGCUCAACUCCUACACCAAAACUGUAAUCGAGUUCCGCCACAAGCGCAAACUGUUCGAGCAGGGCCUCCGCGAGGAACAGAACUUCCUGGACCAGGAGGCCUUCCACUACUUCCGGGACCGCUCCCUGCAGUCCAUCUCCGGCGCCCUGGACGUCUACGCCGGCCACGGGGGCAUGGCCGGUCCCGGUCCCGACUCUGGACCAGGGCCUGGUCAGGGGAAGAUGAGAGCGGCCUCCAUAGACUUGGGCGAGAACACGGACUCACUGGGGGAGGAGCAGUGCUGAGACUCCUGGGACAGAACCCUGACACGGUUCUGAGCUCAGAUGCGAAUGUGCUUUAUGUGUUUUAUCAGCUCAAACAGACUUGAUAAGAGAGAAAGUUAGUGAAACAUGAAGACUCUCUUUGUUUAUAUAUGACUAAUAAUACACAGUAUGAUGACAACAACACAACGUAUAUGACGCAACUUUUGGUCUGUUUGUGAAAGUUAGCGUUUUCAAGAUGCUACAAGUAGUAUUUGAAUGUAACUCGGUGACGUCCGUCCAUUGAAUAAGCAGAAACCAGUGCCCUGAACGUUACGUAGUGUGUAACAGGAAGAGAAGCUAGCAGGUGACAUUAAAUUGCAUCGCUUGUUUACACUUUUACAAUUUACCACGGGGGUGCUUCAGUUUUUUCCAUUGAGGGCCGCACACUGAGACAUUAAAACAUGCGGGGGCCAUUUUCAUAGUUUUCAUUUUAAAAACCAAACCAAUUUAUACAUCGUUUCUAACCUUGAGGGCUCCCCUCAAGUUUGGUCCCGGGAACCCCCACAAAAUUGUGACAAAUAAGUGAUUUGUUAUUUUUUUUUUUUUUUUCAUAUUCAACGCUUCUAUCUCUAGAUCAACUUUGCAAAAAAUAUGAUUUAUGCCCUUUUUGUUGUAGAAAAUCUUUUUUUAUGGCAAAAACACAAAAUAUGCAAUAUUUUCCACAAAAAAAAAUUUCAAAGAGGAAUAUUUGAUGUGAAGUAAUUGGAGCCUUGAAUGGAUUAAUGUUUCAAAACACUGAUCUUGAUUAAUUUUUUUUAAAUUAUUUUUUUUUUUUUUUUGCAAAGGCAGUUAAAAAAAUAAAUCACACUAAAGAUCCUGGCGAUCCAAAAAGGCCCCACUUAUGAAAGUGUUAAAAAUAAUUUUUUUGAACACUUAAAUCACUAGAUCAGCUUCAAAUCGAUGCGUCACUUUUAUUAUUUUUUUAUGUAUUUAAAUUUUUUGGUCAAAUAAUACUUUGGUUUUUUUUAUAUGGCAAACACACAAAAUAUGCAACAUUUUCACCCCCAAAUAUUUCAAAGUGUAAUAUUCGAUGUGAGGUAAUUGGAGCCUUGAAUAGGUCAAUAAUUCAUAACAACAUUGGUUUAAUUCAUUAUAUUUUUUUGAGUAAUGAGUUGUUUUUUUUAUAAAUUCCACAAAAAUGAUUGGGAAUCCAAAAGGGCCCCACUAACGAAAGUGUUAAAAAUAAGUCAAACAUGCUUUUUUCUUUCAGCAUUUAAAUCUUAUCAACUUCAGAUGUAUUUGUCAAGUACAAAUUCUUAUAUUUUUUAUUAUUUUUGUUUGUUUUCUGCCCAUUUUGUCAAAGAAAACUUAGUUUUCGAUAUGUCAAACACACAAAAUAUGCAACAUUUUCCCCCAAAAAAUAUUUCAAGGUGGAAUAUUUGAUGUGAAUUAAUUGGAGCCUUGAAUAGGGUCAAUAAUUCAUAACAACAUUACGUUUGAUUCGUAAUUUUUUGAGCAAUGACAGCUUUAAAGAAAAAAAAACAGCCUGCAUGGCAGCUUUCUGUUAUUAGAGCCAAUUUUGCAAAUUUUUCUCUUUAUAUUUAUAUAAUUUAUAUAAUAUUUCACCUGUUUGCUCUUUUCUUCUACCCUUUAUUUAUUUUUUAAAUAGUAUUUUUAGAAUGCGCUGCGUGCCGUAAAAAAAAUUAGCUGCAGGCCACAAAUGGCCCCCGGCUGCACUUUGAAGACCCCCGGUUUAACAUGUCUGAAAAGGAGUAAAAAAAGAAGCAGACCCUACCCCUUUCAGCUUUUCCUGACAGUUUGUUCACCUCCUGUGACUCAUAAAUCAGUGUUAAUUAUCUCAUGUUGUUCAUUAGGACAAAAUGCUACACGAAGCACUUUGAAUCAACUUUAUUUACAGGCCUUUCAUUGAUACUGAAUGUGAACACUUUAAAGCACAGUUGUGUUCUGCGAAAACCAACUAUUCUUACGCAGCUUGUGUUUUGUACAGUAUUUGUACCAAUCCUUGGACACUGUUGAAACACAAACAAUAGCAUUACAAUACAGAUAUUUACUCUGAAGUUAGUGCUGUCAAACGUUAGCGCGCACUUUCUUCCAGUCAGGGUUCUGCGAUAUUUGUGAGUUUUAUUGUCAUUAAGCUGUCAUUGUUGCAACAUGUAAGAACUAAAGAGUUCAAGAGCAAGCUUUUUGGUGUUAAACUAUAUGUGGUGUGGUGUUUAUCUAUUUGAA